AUGGUGAAGCGCUCAGGCAAGAACAUAGAGAGGCUCCACCACCUCGGUAACCCCUGGGAGCCGCCGAGCGUUUUCCAAGGGCCAGCGCUGAUGGUCUUGGCACCGGACUCCCAGGAGUUUGCAGGUGCGAAGGACAUCAACGCGAGAUACUGCAGGCAGAUGGAGGUUGCCACAGGUCUGGGAAGCCACUACAACAUGCUGCAGGGCGAGCAAGCCGUGGUCCAGGCUGGCAUCGUCCAACAGUUCCGGCGGAGGCUGAUGCCGACGGCGCAGCUUCCCAGCCUGUCCAAUGGGCAGGCGCCGAGCCGAGCCACGGGCCGGGACAAGCUCUUGGUGCUCAGGCAAGGUGAGGCCGUCGCUGCCAAGGUCUACUUGGUGCACGGAAUCGACGGGGACGCCAUGAGCGGCGGUGCCACCUUCCAGACCAUUGCCAACGAGUUGAAGCCAUGCAGGGUGAGCGCUUUGCUCUACGAUGCCGAGGCGCUCCAGUGCAACUCCGUUCCGGAGUUGGCAGCCUGCUACAACCGGAGAGUGCUUGCAGACAGCGGCGGGGGCACUGCAAAGGCCGCUGCCCCGAUCAUCGUGGCAGGCUACUCCUACGGCUGUGUCCUUGCGCACCAGAUGGGCCUCCAGCUUCACAAGGCCGGCGUGCAUGCUGGCGUGGUGAUGUUCGACCUGGAGGUCACCUGGCCGCCACCGGAAAGCAACGAUCGCAUCGGCGGAUACAAAUUCCUCGGUGGCGAAGCAGAGGCGAUCCUGCUCAUCAGCCGUGCGCUGGGGAAGUUUGAGUUCGCCAUGAAGGAGGCGGUGGAGCUGAAUCGGACUCUGGCCGAAACUGGCAGCAUCGACGUGGAUGCGUUGCGCGAGCGUGCCUUUGGGCACGUGGCACAGCGUGGGAUGUCCAAAGAGCUGUUCACUCAGCUGGUGAAGCGCGCUGGGAUCAACAUCCAGCAGCUGCACACCAUUGCCGAUCCCUGGGAGCCGAAUGAAGUCCUAGACGGCCCUGCGCUGUUGGUGCUGGCACCAGACUCGAUGGAGUUUGCCACCGCCCGCGAGAUCAACGAGAAGUUCUGCACCCAAAUGGAGGUGGUGCAUGGAAAAGGAAGCCACUACAACAUGAUGCAGGGCGAGCAAGCCACGGUCCAAGCACGAUGCGUGCACGACUUCUGGCACAGGCUGACCCCGCCCUCUCUGCUCGCCAGCCUGUCCAACGGGCAGGCGCCCGGCGUGGCAAUGGGCCGGGACAAGCUCUUGGUACUGAGGAAAGGUGAGGCCGCCGCUGCAAAGGUUUACUUGGUCCACGGAAUCGACGGGGACGCCAUGAGCGGCGGUGCCACCUUCCAGACCAUUGCCAACGAGCUGAAGCCAUGCAGGGUGAGCGCUUUGCUUUACGAUGGAGAGGCGCUCCAGUGCAACUCCGUUCCGGAGUUGGCAGCCUGCUACAACCGGAGAGUGCUUGCAGACAGCGGCGGGGGCGCAGCACAGGCCGCUGCCCCGAUCAUCGUGGCAGGCUACUCCUACGGCUGUGUCCUAGCACACCAGAUGGGCCUCCAGCUUCACAAGGCCGGCGUGCACGUCGGCGUGGUGAUGUUCGACCUGGAGGUCACCUGGCCGCCACCGGAAAGCAACGAUCGCAUCGGCGGAUACAAAUUCCUCGGUGGCGAAGCAGAGGCGAUCCUGCUCAUCAGCCGUGCGCUGGGGAAGUUUGAGUUCGCCAUGAAGGAGGCGGUGGAGCUGAACCGGACUCUGGCCGAAAGUGGCAGCAUCGACGUGGAUGCGUUGCGCGAGCGUGCCUUUGGGCACGUGGCACAGCGUGGGAUGUCCAAAGAGCUGUUCACUCAGCUGGUGAAGCGCGCUGGGAUCAACAUCCAGCAGCUGCACACCAUUGCCGAUCCCUGGGAGCCGAAUGAAGUCCUAGACGGCCCUGCGCUGCUGGUGCUGGCACCAGACUCGAUGGAGUUUGCCACCGCCCGCGAGAUCAACGAGAAGUUCUGCACCCAAAUGGAGGUGGUGCAUGGGAAAGGAAGCCACUACAACAUGAUGCAGGGCGAGCAGGCAACGGUCCAAGCACGCUGUGUGCACGACUUCUGGCACAGGCUGACCCCGAGCUCUCUGCUCGCCAGCCUUUCGAAUGGGCAGGCGCUCGACAAGGCGACGGGUCGGGACAAGUUGUUGGUGCUGAGGAAAGGUGAGUCCACCGCUGCCAAAGUCUACUUGGUGCACGGAAUCGAUGGUGACGCCAUGAGCGGCGGUGCUACCUUCCAGACCAUUGCCAACGAGCUGAAACCAUGCAGGGUGAGCGCUUUGCUCUACGAUGCCGAGGCGCUCCAGUGCAACUCCGUCCCGGAGUUGGCGGCCUGCUACAACCGGAGAGUGCUUGCAGACAGCGGUGGGGGCGCAGCACAGGCCGCUGCCCCGGUCAUCGUGGCAGGCUACUCCUACGGCUGUGUGCUUGCGCACCAGAUGGGCCUGCAGCUUCACAAGGCCGGCGUGCACGUCGGCGUGGUGAUGUUCGACCUGGAGGUCACCUGGCCGCCACCGGAAAGCAACGAUCGCAUCGGCGGAUACAAAUUCCUCGGUGGCGAAGCAGAGGCGAUCCUGCUCAUCAGCCGUGCGCUGGGGAAGUUUGAGUUCGCCAUGAAGGAGGCGGUGGAGCUGAACCGGACUCUGGCCGAAAGUGGCAGCAUCGACGUGGAUGCCUUGCGCGAGCGUGCCUUUGGGCACGUGGCACAGCGUGGGAUGUCCAAAGAGCUGUUCACUCAGCUGGUGAAGCGCGCUGGGAUCAACAUCCAGCAGCUGCACACCAUUGCUGAUCCCUGGGAGCCGAAUGAGGUCCUGGACGGCCCUGCGCUGCUGGUGCUGGCACCAGACUCUAUGGAGUUUGCCACCGCCCGCGAGAUCAACGAGAAGUUCUGCACCCAAAUGGAGGUUGUGCAUGGAAAAGGAAGCCACUACAACAUGAUGCAGGGCGAGCAGGCCACGGUCCAAGCACGAUGCGUGCACGACUUCUGGCACAGGCUGACCCCGCCCUCUCUGCUCGCCAGCCUGUCCGAUGGGCAGGCACCCGGGCGAGCCAAGGGCCGGGACAAGCUCUUGCUGCUGAGGCAAGGGGAGGCCGACGCGGCCAAGGUCUACCUGGUGCAUGGAAUCGACGGGGACGCCAUGAGCGGUGGAGCCACCUUCCAGACCAUUGCCAGCGAGCUGAAGCCAUGCAGGGUGAGCGCUUUGAUCUACGAUGCCGAGGCUCUUCGCUGCAACUCCGUUCCGGAAUUGGCAGCCUGCUACAACCGGAGAGUGCUCGCAGACAGCGGUGAGGGCGAAGCGCAGGCCACAGCCCCGAUUAUCGUUGCAGGCUACUCCUACGGCUGUGUCCUUGCGCACCAGAUGGGCCUCCAGCUUCACAAGGCCGGCGUGCACGUCGGCGUGGUGAUGUUCGACCUGGAGGUCACCUGGCCGCCACCGGAAAGCAACGAUCGCAUCGGCGGAUACAAAUUCCUCGGUGGCGAAGCAGAGGCGAUCCUGCUCAUCAGCCGUGCGCUGGGGAAGUUUGAGUUCGCCAUGAAGGAGGCGGUGGAGCUGAACAGCACUCUGGCCGAAACCGGCAGCAUUGACGUGGAUGCACUACGCGAGCGUGCCUUUGAGCACCUGGCACAGCGUGGGAUGUCCAAGGAGCUGUUCACGCAGCUGGUGAAGCGUGCUGGGAUCAACAUCCAGCAGCUCCACACCAUUGCUGAUCCCUGGGAACCGAAUGAGGUCCUGGACGGCCCUGCGCUGCUGGUGCUGGCACCAGACUCGAUGGAGUUUGCCACCGCCCGCGAGAUCAACGAGAAGUUCUGCACCCAAAUGGAGGUUGUGCAUGGGAAAGGAAGCCACUACAACAUGAUGCAGGGCGAGCAAGCCGUGGUCCAAGCGCGCUGCGUGCACGACUUUUGGCGCAGGUUGUCGGCACCUGUUCCUGCUAGUCUGGGCCCAUGCGUCGAAGGCCUCUGCCCUCUGACCCAGGGCAGUGGCCACGUGCUGUACUACGUGCACGGCUUGGAUGGCGAUGCCUUCGGACCCGGCGUCACCCUCGGAGAGCUGCCCUACAGGCUGUCCUGCAGCGUCUGCGCCUUGGAGUACGACGACGAGGCCUUCGCUUGCGAAACGGUGGAUGCCCUGGUAAAGCUCUACAAAGGCCGCAUCAUGCAAGAUUUCGUGCAGCGGCCAGCAGGGGAGAAGCUGGUCUUGGCAGGACGGUCCUGUGGCGCACUCCUGGCUUGCCUCGCAGCCCUACGGCUCCAGGAGGAAGGUGUAUGCUGCUCGCUGGUCAUCCUGGAUUCAGAGGUGGUGUGGCCUUCCAAGCUGGACACGACGUUUUGCUACGAGUGGCUGGGCAGAGAAGUGGAGGCUACACUGUGGUUGGCGCAGCUUGGGGGCGCCACUACCUUCGCCAAGGACCAGGUGCUUGAGGCCGUGACGCGAGGCAGAGCUUCACCGGUGGCCGAGGGCCCAGCGAGGCUUCAGACCCAGGCAUACGGGCAAUGCGCCCGGCAGCUGGAGGCCUGUGGCGUGCGGUCCCUGAAGGACUUCCGGAACAUCUGUACAUUGGCAAGCUCGAAUGCCGAGCGCUUGAGGCAGCUUUUAGUCCCCGAGGCGGGCUCGCAGAGGGGCCUCGCCGGCUUCUUCGAGGGCAGGGCGCUGAUCAUCGCAGGCAGCGAGGAGCGGGAAGCUCCCUUGAUGUGGUGUGCGAACCCUUUCCUCGGAGAUCUAACCGUGCAAGUGGCCGGCGAUGGGGCGGAGCUCUACGUGGGUGACGCCGCGGCCGCCGUGGUGGCGGCGAUCGCCGACUUCUUGAGCGGGCCAGUGCAGGACAGACUGCCCGUCCCGGGUCUCCUUGCCCUUGCCGGUAACAGUGCGAGGGUGGCUGAGCCGGAGACUGAAUCUGCACUGACGCUUCCGGACGUCCCCAGCGUGUACCUGAUACCAGGAUGCGAUGGUGGCGAGUUUGGCCAUUUGGCAACCCUGGCACAGGGUUUCACAAACUGCAAUACAUGCCAGCUUGAGUUUGACGAGGAGGCCAUGCGGCGGACGUCUUUGUCCGACGUUGCGACCCUCUUCGCGCGGCGGGUUCUUCAGGAUCAGCGCCAAAGCAAGCUCUUGGAGCCCCUUGCGGUCACGGCCGAAGCGACGGUGCUCAACGGCAUGCCCAACGGCCUGCACGACUCUGAGGAGGAGGAUUCCGAGGAAUUUCGACCCAAAGAUCUUGGAAGGAAGGUAGUGCUGGUGGGCCACGUGACUGGUGCCUCUCUCGCUUUUGAGAUGGCGAUGCAGCUUCAGGAAGCCGAUGUCGAGGUCGCGCUGGUUGUUAUCCAAGGCGAAGUCGCAUGGUCUGGCGGCCCUGUGCCCGACCGCUGCUUCAGCGCGAGCUGGCUCGGGAGCACUUGUGAGGCCACGCUGCUUAUCGCCCGGUGCCUGGGCGCUGCAGACUUCGCCAGCAAGGAGGCGCACUCCUUGUGGCAGCUGCAGGAGGAUGACCCCUACGAACUCAAAGGCCAGCUGCAGGUGGCCUGCCAAUCCGCCUAUGAUGGCUCGGAAAGACUAGCGGAGUGCACUGGAGAGAUCGUGCGCUCGGCCUUGGAGAAAGCAUCAAAGAAGCUGGUGAUGAAAGCUUACUGGAAACUGUCAGAGAGCUUGAGUGGAAUGUCAGUGGAUGGGUUCAAGUCCCUGGUUCAGAGGACGGCGAAGCGAAUAGACUGGAUGAUGGAAGUAGGAGCUGAUAGCUGCUCUCUUGAGACCUUUGAUGGGCCAACGCUGCUGGUCUUGGCCAAAGACUGCCCGUCGGAGGAACUGGAGCACCUUAGGACAAUUACUAGCUUGUAUUGCACCAGCCUGAAUGUCGUUGAAGUUCCUGGUGAUCGGCACGGCGUGCUGAGCGUGGAGAACUCGGCCAACCUCGCGGCAGAGAUCCAGGACUUCUCGCGUCACUGGAUGAGUGAGAAGAAACAGAGGCACUCCUCCCGCUUUUGA